ACCAACGCUCACAAGCAAAGAAAGCAAGCCACAAUCCCUACAAAAUCCAUCCCACUGGUCUUUUAGCUUGUAGACCAUUCUCUAUCGCAUUACGUUUCUUCAUUUAUAACCCAAAAUGGCAACCGAUGACCUUAAACCUACCACGCCGGCAUCCGACAAAAACAAAGCAACCGUCGAGGCCCUUUACUCGGCAUUGGCUCUCGGCGACUCCGACAUGGUUGCCAAGCUCCUGGCUAGCGAUCUCGAAUGGUGGUUCCAUGGGCCGCCCCGUUGCCAACACAUGAUGCGGGUGCUCACCGGGGAAUCAGACUACUCCGAGUUCACAUUCCAUCCGCGUAGCAUAACGGCUAUAGGCGACGACUGUGUGAUCGCCGAGGGGUGGGAAGGGGCGCAGUCAUAUUGGGUCCAUGCAUGGACGCUGAAGAACGGGCUGAUCACGCAGUUCAGGGAGUAUUUCAACACGUGGCUCACCGUGAGAGAAGUGUCGUCGCCGCGUUGGGAGGUAAGGCGGGCAAGCCAUACCCUAUGGCAGAGCCGGAAAAGAGAGCUCUUUGACCAGUCGUUGCCGGGGCUUUUGCUCGCCAUAUGAGGGGGGUUAAGCAUCCAUUCAGGUGGUUGGGAAUGACAAUUUGGGGGAUGGUGCGUGUGUCUGUCUGUCCUCUAUGUUUGAUAAGAAAAUCAGGACCACUAAUGACAAGUUGGAAGAUGGUGAAAGAAUUGUACUCUAUGGUCCAUUACGUGAAUGUUAAAAUCAUGGGAUGUGUCGGACUAUGAAUCUUUUUCUGAUGUACACUUCCUACAGGGCUCACACGUAAGCAAAAUGAUGGAAAUUACUUGAAGGACCACCACCGGUCGAUCGAUUAAUUUCAAUUUUAUCGAUAAGCUUUCACAUCUUA